CGACACAGGUCCGCGGGUCGACUGCAUCGUUAUCACCAUACUAUAACAACACAUCAGCCUUAACUGGCGUCUAGCCUAUAUAUACACACAGUACCUCCGAAUCUCUAUUCGACAGAUUGUCUGUGGUGGUCAGUCGUUGGCGCUUGCUGUACUACGGAUUCACGGAAGUUAGUUGGAUAGUUUUCCAAAAGUUCGGAUUUACAAUGAAAGCCAAGACUGGGGUCAUCCUAGUCUUGCUAGCUGCUUUCGUUUAUGUUGCAGCACAGGAAGGCGAAUCCGAGCAAAAUGUUGUGGAAGAGUUAUUGGUGGAAACCUUGGUGAAACCCGAAACUUGCUCUAUAACGUCAGAAAUGGGAGACACGCUACAAAUCCACUAUACGGGUAAACUACUUGCUGAUGGCAAGGUGAUUGACUCAUCACUGUCUCGGGACCCUCUUGUUGUUGAGCUGGGAAAGAGGACAGUUAUCCCUGGUCUGGAACAGAGUUUGGUAGGAGUUUGUGAAGGACAAAAAAUCAAGACCACUAUUCCACCACACCUUGCCUAUGGAAAAAGAGGAUACCCUCCAACUAUCCCAGCUGAUGCUGCUCUAGAGUUUGAGGUGGAGGUGAUGUCACUGAUCCAGUCAACCCCCUGGCAGAAGAUGGUGAAUGAUGUCUUUCCCCUAGUGUGUCUGGGCCUGGUUCCCACUCUGCUGGGUAUGGUGGGCCUCUACCUCUAUAACAAGGCCAAUGCCCAGCGGCCAGGAAAGAAGGCCAAGGACAAGAAGAGCAAGAAGAAGUGAAGGAGACUCACAACUAUUUAAAGAAUAAAAAUUUAAAACAAGGGA